CUUGGAGCCCCAGAUAGCUUUCCCCGAAUAAAUAAUGUAAGAUUUUGAUUGCUUCCACCAUCAUUAAUCUUACUAAUUUCAAGAAGAUUAGUAGAUUCAGGUACAGGUACAGGUACAGGUUGAACAGUUUACCCUCCAUUAUCAAGAAGUCUUGGACACUCAGGACCAUCUGUUGAUUAUACAAUUUUUUCUUUACACAUAGCAGGAAUUUCAUCAAUUCUUGGGGCAAUUAAUUUUAUUUCUACAAUAAUUUAUAUACGACCAAAAGGAAUAAGAUUUGAACAAAUACCUUUAUUCGUUUGAGCAGUAAAAUUAACAGCUAUUCUUCUUUUAUUAUCUCUUCCAGUUCUAGCAGGAGCAAUUACAAUAUUAUUAACAGAUCGAAAUAUAAAUACAACUUUUUUUGAUCCUUCAGGAGGAGGAGACCCAAUCUUAUACCAACACUUAUUUUGAUUUUUCGGACACCCAGAAGUUUACAUUCUAAUUUUACCAGCCUUCGGAAUAAUUUCACACAUUAUUUCACAAAAAUCAGGAAAAAAAGAAACAUUUGGAACUCUUGGAAUAAUUUAUGCAAUAAUAACAAUUGGACUAUUAGGAUUUGUAAUAUGAGCCCACCAUAUAUUCACUGUAGGUAGAGAUGUUGAUACACGAGCUUACUUUACUGCCGCUACAAUAAUUAUUGCAAUCCCUACUAGUAUUAAAAUUUUUAGAUGAUUAGCAACUCUAUAUGGAUCUAAAAUAAAUUUUAGAUCAUCAAUACUAUGAACAUUGGGAUUCAUCUUUCUCUUUACAAUAGGAGGAUUAACAGGAAUUAUACUUUCUAACUCUUCUAUUGAUAUUAUUCUACAUGACAAAUAUUAUGUUGUAGCACAUUUUCAUUAUGUUUUAUCUAUAGGAGCAGUAUUUGGAAUUAUAGCAGGUUUCAUUUACUGAUACCCAUUAUUUACUGGAUUAACAUUAAAUAUAAAAUGAUUAAAAAUUCAAUUUACUAUUACAUUCUUAGGAGUAAAUAUAACUUUCUUUCCUCAACAUUUUUUAGGUUCAAAUGGUAUACCACGUGGAUACUCAGAUUACCCUCAUGCAUUUACAAUAUGAAAUAUUAUCUCAACAAUUGGGUCAAUUAUAUCAUUUAUUAAAGUACUAUACCUAUUUUUUAUUAUUUGAGAAAGAAUGUCAACUCAACGACAAAUUAUAUUCAUAGAAGUUACAAACUCAUCUAUUGAAUGAAAACAAAAAUUUCCACCUUCAGAUCAUAGAUAUGAAGAAAUUCCAAGAAUAAC